CCGAUCUGCAGAACAGCGCCGCUCAGUGCAGGAGCCAGCGCCGCACGGACUGCGCUCUCCAAGGUGCUGAAACAGACGCCGAGUGCGCUCCCAGAUCGGGAAAGGACUUUCUCCUCGCCCGAUGAUGACUUUUAAAUGUGCAGUACUUGCAGUUUUUCUCCAGGCGUUUGCACUGGUGUCAUACCAGAUUCAUGCAUUCCCCACACCUGGAGGAUCGAAAGACAAAACUGAAUACAAUCGGGAAUUAUCAGCGGAAAGACCAGUAGAGGAACAGAUUGCUGAAGCCGGACGCACCAGUCAGUUGACAACUACAGAGAACCAUUCCCUGCAACAGAAUGACUCGGCAGCGGAUGACUUCCUCCUGCUCAAGUCCCUGGCCGAGAAAGAAAGAAGUCAGAAGAGAAACCAUGCUACAAAACCCCUUUUGAGUGGUUCAUCACCUCCCUCUGCCAAUACAGACUCAACCAAAAACAGAAGACUAGCGGAGGACUACGGCGAUUCCACCAAAAAUGCAAUGGAUUACGAAAAUGAAGAUGACCCCGAUGGCCUUCAUCAACUGGACGGGACACCUUUAACAGCGGAAGACAUUGUCCAAAAAAUUGCCAACAGGAUUUAUGAAGAAAACGAUAGAGGGGUUUUUGAUAGAAUCGUUUCCAAACUCUUGAACCUGGGACUGAUAACAGAAAAUCAGGCUUACAAUCUGGAAGAUGAAGUAGCAGCAGCUCUACAACAACUUAUUACCAAUGAAGCUCAUAAGAAUGAAGUGGAGGCUGGAAAUAUUGAUUAUCCAAGUAUGAAGGUCGAUGAUGACUUGAAUGAAAGAGAAGAGGAGAAACUGAAGAUCAAAAAACUUAAGAAGAAUGAAGAGGACCUUGUGAAAGGAGGUGAUAGUACUCCAGGCAACAGCCGGGUCUCAACCAAUAACAUGAAUCAACAAAGCAAUGCACUUGCUGCUAAUGACCUGAGUGAUCUUCAGUAUUUCCCAAACUUCUACAACCUGCUGAAGAGUUUGAACACAGAACAAGACGCAAAGGAGAAAGAAACACUAAUAACCAUAAUGAAGACGUUAAUUGAUUUUGUGAAGAUGAUGGUGAAAUAUGGAACAAUCACGCCUGAAGAAGGUGUUACAUACUUGGAAAAUCUCGAUGCAAUGAUAGCUGCGCAAACGAAGACAAAGCUUAGUAAAGCCAAGGCUUAUCCAAUGAGUAAGGAAUCAGCAGAUUGGAGUGAAGACAUAGACAGCACCAAGAGUGAAUUUGGAAAGCUGCAGAAAGAGUCUGCAAGUUCUGAGGACUCCACAAAAGAAGUAGAAAAAACCGAAAACUCUAAAGAUUUUGACAAAACUGAAUCUUAUUUAUCAGCAAUCAGAAAGAAUAUUGAAUGGUUGAAGAAACACAAUAAGCAAGGAAAUGGAGAAGAAUAUGACCUUCAGAAGCUGCGUGACAUCAUUGAUCAACAAGUUGACACCUAUAUCCAGAAAGGAAUCCUGGAGAAGGCAGAAGGAGAUGUAAUCAAACGUAUUUACAAAAGCCUGUGACAUUCUCUAAUGCAAGAGGGAAGCGUCCUGAUUGUCAAAUCCUUCAAAAAUGGCCGGCAAUGCCACUUUUCUGAAUUCUAGUUCACAUUAGGCUGUGUAUAAUAGAUUUCUUUUCCUUGGCUAUUCUGCAACAUCAAGCAGAUUCUAACCAAAAUAGGGGAUCAAAGUCAAUACAAAUCGAAGACCAAAGGGGAUGAUUUUAUGGGUGCCAGUGGAGAAACUAUGUUGUCAGGCAGGGAAGCUAGAAAGAAUGCUGCAUUGGCUGUUCCCUCAAUGCUGCUCCCUGCUGGAAGCACAGAUCCUUCUGAUCACCUGAGCCGACUUCUCUUUCCCCAUUUCGGAAUAGAGACUGCUGAAUGUGCAAUAUGGCCACUGCACGCAGUGAAGCUUUCAAAUCUUUUAAACAUCCAUCUUCAACAUGAGGGACUGUAGCAGCAGCAAUUAGAGCUCAAUUACAACAAGUUAAGUGUAAAGUUUACUGACAAUCUUUAAAGCAACGUCCACAGCCUCUGAUGCAUGUCCAGAUUUGUCAGUGACUGAUUAUCACAUAAAUGCAAGCCUUGGUUGAUUUACAGUAAAGUCAAUUUAUACAUUCUGGGUUUCCUUUCUAUCUAAUUUAUUUUGAACUUAAAAUCCCUGAAAACAAUCACUUACAAUGACAAUUUAUAUGGUUGAACUUUAACUCACACCAUCAUGAAAGCCCCUUUAAAGUUAGUUUUAAUUUUAUUCAACUUUAGCUAAUGGCAGUAGAUUUAUGAAAUAUACAAAAGUUUGCUGGAAGUGUUUUUAAUUCUUAAAAGGCUCCCAAUUUGUUUUGUUCUUUCUGUUGGAAUGGUUUGUACAGAAUAGCUUGGUUAGUAUAUAUUAGUUUAGAAAUUUAUGCUGGCUUUUUCUUCUGCCCAACAGAACGGUUACUAAAACAGAUUUUGAGAGACGCAUGAGUGGAAACAUUGCUCUGAACAGUAUUUCUACAAACUAGUUCUCAUGUUCUUAUAUAUCCAUUGUUUAAUCACAAUAAAUGGUCCUCUAAAAUAAUGUGUAGAGAAU